CAUUCAGCAGGAAAGGAACACAACCCUGCCCUUUAAUCUUUUACCUAAAAGGAGGGAAAGAGGUUAUUCAGAGUCCUGAAAUGGUCUCUGAAUGACUCUGAGGCCAGACUAGGUUAUAGUCAGCUAGCAUCUCUUUCUCCUUCCCUUCAUUCACUCCUCUUUUGGCCUAUUUGUCUUAUCAGAAUAGCCUUCUUUCCUGUGGCUCUUCCUCCCCCUCUUUCCACCUUUUUCACAUGCUGACGAUUUCCUGCUGAGAGAUUUAUAGGAAGAGAAAGCCACAUACUUGAAAGACUGGAAAGUGAAACUCACUUCUGUCACUAAGUACUUGACUUCUUGUGGGGGACAAGGUAUGGCUGCCGCUUCCCUGGAGGGCCUCUGCGAGGAAGCCACUUGCUCCAUCUGCCUGGAGUAUUUUGAAGAUCCCGUCACCAUUGAAUGUGGGCACAAUUUCUGCCGAGCCUGCCUGACCCAAUGCUGGGAGGAAUUGCAAGAAGGUGUUUCCUGCCCUCAAUGCAGAGCAAAAGUCCGAAAGCUCCUGUUCUCCAAUUGCCAGCUGGCAAACAUGGUGGAGAUCGCCAAGCAGCUCCGUCUUCAAGAGGAAAGGCGGGGAGUUUGCGAGCAGCACUGGGAGCCCCUGAAGCUCUUCUGCAAGGAUGAUGAAGCCCCCAUCUGUGUGGUUUGUAAAGAGUCAAAGGCGCACCGGGAUCACCCGGUGGUUCCUCUGGAGGAGGCGGCCCAGGACUACAAGGAUCUGAUCUCUGUUCUCAUGGAAUCUCUGGAAGAAGAGAGAGCAGAAAUCCUAGCCUGUAAAGCAGAAACAGCAAAAGAAAGCCAAGAGUUACUUAAACAAACAAGAGGAGAGAUGGAAAAGAUAAAGGAACAUUUCAGAGAACUGGUCUCUUAUUUGAACCAACAAGAAAAGCUUCUUCUGGCCCAGUUGGAAGAGGUGGAGAAGGAGAUCACAAGGGAAAGGGAUGAGCACCUGGCCAGACUCUCCGAGGAGCUCUCCUCUCUGGGAGGUCUCAUCCAGGAGGUGGAGGAGAAGUGUCAGCAGCCCCCUGGGGAACUCUUGAAGGAUGUCAGAAACUUCUUGCAAAGGUGUGAGAAGAAGGAGCCCUUUCAGGCUUCUGUGCCUUUCCCUCCUGAGCUGAAGUGGAGGUUCUGGGACAUCUGUGACAGAAAUGCCUCCUUGGCUGCCACAGUGAAACAAUUCAUAGCUACUUUGUUACCUGGAUCCCAAUUACAGAAAGCAAACGUCACUCUGGAUCCAGAAACAACAAAUCCCUUCCUCAUCCUGUCUGAAGAUCGCAAAAGUGUGAGAAAUGAAGGCAGAUGUCAAGAUUUGCCGGACAAUCCUGAGAGAUUCGACACAUAUCUCUAUGUGUUGGGGUGUGACGGAUUCAAAACAGGGAGACAUUACUGGGAAGUCACUGUGGAAAGUGAGGAAUCUUCAGCUGUGGGGGUGGCCAGAAAAUCUGUACAGAGGAAAGGCGGCGUUGAAUUGAGAACUGAGAAAGGAAUCUGGGCUGUGGGGGGAUGUGAAGGUUGCUACUGGACCUCCGACUUUGCUGAUGAAUAUUUUCUUCCCCUAAGUAAGAAGCUGAGAAGGAUCCGGGUGUCCCUGAACUGUGAAGGGGACCAAGUGUCCUUUUAUGAUGCCGAUACAGCAUCCCAUCUCCACACCUUCUCUGGAGCCUCUUUCUCUGGGGAGACCCUUCUCCCCUUCUUUUAUGUGGAUGAAAACGCCUCCCUCACAAUCUCCCCUUAGGUCCAGUUACUAGCUGGGUUAACCAAAUAGCCAACUAAGAGAGAAAAACAAACUGACACUUACAAGGUCUUUGAAAGAUUUUAUUGUGUGCAAAAUGGGAGACACACCAGGUCUUGUUGACAGAAAAUAAUGUGUCUCUCUGGGCAGAAGGUUCAGUCUUAUAAGUUUCUAGUCCCCUUCCACCGUGACACUUUCAGAUGUGAAUUUCCCGCCAGACAGAUCUUCCAGCUGCAAUCAUCCUAGUCAAUAUAUUGAAACAAUGAGGUCUCCUAGUCCCUCUUUUAUAUAAGGCUUAGAGACACCAGAGCCAGGAAAUGGUAGGGAUUGGGCUAAAAUUGUCAUCUUUUAGUGUUUACAGAGGAAACACUAUCUCUAGAUAUUUCCACAUUUUUAGGCCACAGAACUGGUUUGGCUACCUUCAACACCCCCACCCACCCCCAAAUAUACACAUCUCCCCAAGAGUCUUUGCUAAUAGAUAGUGAUAUGAAUACCAAUAUGGUUUCCUACAUAAAAUGCAGGAUUUUCCUUAACACUCCGCAACCCGAGAAGCUUUGCCCAUGUGAUUGGAUGCCCAAAGCGAAAGCUUAUUUUCUUUUCAUGUCUUGAGGUUGAAAAAGCUUGCAUUUCCCCCCACACCUCAGAUAAUCCUUUUAGCAGUAAAAUAAACUUUCCAGGCCUUCCCCAAUGACUACGGUAUUUAUGUCUUCUGUGUAAUUUUGAUAAGAGGAGUUUGAAGCUAUAUUUCUGCCAUGUUAUCUUGGGGCAUGGCUCACCUUUAGGCUCUGGAGGCUAUUCCUUCUUCCCCUCUGUUCUUUACCUAUGCUUCUCCUGGACCACUUAAAACAGUUUAUGAUGGGCAUAUGUUUAGGCGAGAAUGAGAUUCAGUCUGGUCCUCCACUUUAUGGUGCCUGCACAGGAAACAUUUCCAGCGUAUAACUCCAAAUAGUACUGGUAUCACACCAAUUGGAACAAUCCAGAUGAUCACAAUGGAAUGCAUCAGCAUUAUUCUGAAUACCCCAUCAGCUUGAGUGGACCAGCCAAAGAAUAAAUCCCACUGUGAGGGAGACGCAUGUGUCAGUGAGCCAUCCGUAGUAAUUGAGGCUAUUGAAGAAGGGGGAGAAUGUAAGAAAAGUGGUGAAGAACCAGAGAAGGCAAGGCUGACAGUUAUAACAAAGUUGGGAUAAAUUGAAUCCAAAGAAAAGGCAGGAAAGAUAGAGGUUUGUUUGGUAGAAGAGGGCAAGGGUGGAAAGGUGGCAGAGCAGGAGUUGACAGUCUGGGAGGAGGAUAUA